AUGGCACACAAAACCCCAUUCAGAGUUGUUAUUAUUGGAGGCAGUGUGGCUGGUCUUGUGCUGGGCAACAUGCUUCAGCUGAAUGGUAUCGAUCUUAUCAUUCUAGAAGCCUACCCCGCCAUCGCUCCCCAAGUAGGAGCUAGUAUUGGAUUACUCCCCAACGGCAAUAGGAUCCUCGACCAAUUGGGAUUAUUCGACAAGAUUUUAGGAUUGGCGCCUCCGGUUGAGCAGUUCAAUUUUCGCAAUAGUAAGGGUGAGAGAAUUGCUGGUCACUCGGGAAUGAGACAUUCUUUCGAACAGAGACAUGGAUAUCCCAUUUUAUUUCUCGAUCGACAAGCGGUGCUAAAGGUGCUAUAUGAUAACAUCAGAGAUAAGUCCAAGGUUUUAACCGAGAAGCGUCUAGCGAAGAUCGAUAUGAAUGAGAAGGGUGUCAAAGCAAUCAUGACGGAUGGAUCGGAAUUCGCAGGUGAUAUACUGGUCGGUGGUGAUGGGAUUCAUAGCAAGACUAGAUCGGAAAUGUGGAGGCUGGCUGAAGAGAAAAUUCCGGGUUAUAUCCCUGCUGGGGAAGACAGUGCUCCCCCUUGCCACUACAGCUGCAUAUUCGGUAUCUCCAACCCGAUUCCCGGCCUCGAGCCCGGAAACCUACACUCCGUCUUCCGCGAGCAAAACUCCUACCUCAUCAACGGCGGCCCCGAAGGCCGCGUCUACUGGUUCUACUUCUUCAAACACCCCACUCCCCUCUACGGCAACGCCAUCCCCCGCUACACCAAAGCCGACGAAGCCGCCGUCCUCAAAGCCCACGAAAAUGACCCCAUCACCCCCGACAUCACCUUCAAAGACCUACAAGACCGCAAAAUCUCCUCGACCCUGACCGCGCUCCCCGAAUACGUCUACAAAAAAUGGUUCUUCGAACGCAUCAUCACGAUUGGUGAUUCCGCGCAUAAAUUCAACCCCAUCGGUGGCCACGGCGGGAACUCCGCCUUGGAAUCUUCCGCCGCCCUCGUCAAUUCGCUCGUGAAACUUCUGAAAAUCUCCCCCAAACCCUCAACUUCCCAAUUCACAACCAUGUUCGCGGAGCUCCAGGCUCUGCGCGAAACACGUGCGAUGAUUCUCAAAGAUGCUUCGCAUGAACAACAGCGUACUGAGGCUAUGGAAGAUCGUCUUCAUAAAUUCAUUGCUCUGACGCUCUUACCAAUCACGGAUACCGAAGACGUGAUGUUUAAUUUCUCGGGUAAUCAACCGUCGGCGGAAAAAUUAGAUAUGGUGGAGCUUCCCCCCCGUCCGAAACUCAUCCCCUAUAAAGAUGAAUUGGCCAAAGCUCCGGAAGUGAGAGGAGUGAUUGGAUGGAUGCAAAUGGCGGUUUAUAUGGCGCUUGCGCUGGGAGCGUACUAUGGGCUGUGGAUCCAUUCGAAGAAUGAGGGGGCAGCGGAGGAAUUGGCGGGGAUUCUGAGGAAUCCGAGAGGGGCGGCGGAGAAAGACAGGAGGUUGGGGGUUUUGAGUGUUUAUUUUUAUGGGGGGUUGGUGCAGCCGUUGGCGGUUUGGCUGGUGGAGGGUUGUCGGAAGAGGAAUGAUAUGAAUCUUGUGGCUCUCCCAACCCUCUGGCUUGCCCUCUCCCAAUACCUCGGCUUCGGAAUCACCGCCCCCCUCUUCUACACCGUCUACACCCUCUUCUCCAACGCCGAACCCUACUGGUGGCCGCUCUCCCGUCUCAUCCCCGCGCACUACAUGAAAGCCAUUCUCCCCUGUGUCCUCCUCUUCUACAUUUUCCCCACCCUUCUCUUUUUCCUCCCCUCUUCCCUCCCUCUCACCCCCCUCCUCUCCAAAAUCUUCCCCCUCCUCCCCCCCCUCACCACCCUCCUCACCUUCCUCUCCUCCCUCCUCCUCCGCAAACUCAAUCCCCCACCAACCCAAACCCCCACCGCUUCCCACACCCCCACCGACAUCCUCCCCCUACGCACUCUCUACCUCACUACUUUCCUCCUCGGCCUCCUCACACACAUCACAACUCUCAUCUACAUCUUCCUCUCUCCUCGCCCCCUCAUUUCUCUCUCUUCCAUUUUCCUCCCCAAUCCCAAUUUCUCCAACAUUACCCCCAUACACGCAUACCUCCUCCUCAAUUUCUAUACCUUCCACCUCGCGACCUACAUCUGGACUUGCAACGCAGUGUGGGAUAUCAAACGCGUAGGGAGAACUACGGUCGAUAUCGGUAAAGCAGCUGUGGUGCUAUUUCUGGCGAAUGUGGUUGUGGGGCCUGGAGCGGCGUUGGUGGGAUGUUGGUAUUGGAGAGAAGUGCAGAUGGCGCGGACAAGUGUUUCGGGGAGGAAAUGA